UUCGUUUCUCCUUUUUUUCGUCAGACAGCUCCAGAAACUACCUCGUUCAAACUCGACACGAUGCGCGCGCAACUGCUUUCUCGAGCCUUGGUAGCGGUGCUCUUCGGCAUUUGCGUUGCCUUGAAUAUUGGUACUGAAAACCAAGCCAUCGACCGCGACGACUCUAGCCUUGGGAUACCAGCAACCACGACCUUUCAUCAUCACGACGACUUCUCCCUGCCAACAAGACGUGGUCGUGGAAGACGUGAAAUCAACAGUCCAGACGCUGAGCAGUUGAACCCAAUGUCUCACCAAGCCGACAAUGUGGCGACCUCUGAUGGGACCACCGAGCCUACGUGCCCACCUCAUAAAGUCUGCCUCGCGCCAGGCAUUCUAGCCGUCAUCAUCAUCUGUUCAUGCCUCGGCUCGUUGCUUUUCAUUGGAGUUCCCAUAUUUGCCAUCUUGUUUUGCACGGCGUGGAAUUCAUUUUGGGAUUGAUCGUUGGUGGGAAAUAAAUGGGCCAUAAACUGCUGUCCGCACGCCACCAGCUGUAGAAAUGGCGUCGCGGAAAAUGAUAUAGAAGUGCUGAAAAGGAUUUCUUCUUCACCACGGCCCCUCAUCAAGGAAUCGAAGGCAAUGAAGAAUGGGAGAGAUCAAAGUAAAUCUCGAGAGCAAGACAUUAAAUUGGUUUCCAAAAAUUCCCCAGCCAGCCGAGGCCAUGCUGGAAGUGGUCGGGUAUGUAGUUUUCAACUAGCAAAAACGCAAUC